AUGAAAGAUGCUCAUAAGGAGGACCAACAAUUUAGAGAUUCAAAACGAUGUGUCUGUUGCAAUGCAUUUGUGCCAUCAAAAGAUAUUCUUUCUCAUUAUGAUAAUGUGCAUGACAUUUCUGUGACUACGAUCGAGUUAAAUUUUUUGAAUUUGGAUGACUUUAUGAAGUGGAAGGAUGAUGAAGAGAAGAAGACCCGCACUUCAUACGUAAAAGCCAGAGCUUCGAAAGAUUUAAAGAGUUCUACCUAUUCAUCAUUUUAUUGCCAUCGAUCUGGACACUUUAAAAGUCACUCUUCCGGAGAACGAUGCAUCAAAUUGCUAGGUUCAAACAAAAUCGAUGGCCAUUGUCCGGCGAAAAUUUCUCUAAAUCAAUCGAAGACGACUGGCCAGUGUGUUGUGAAAUUCACCUGUACACACAUUGGGCACACCAAUGAUAUUGGAAGGCUUAAGCUUUCAGCUGUAGAUAAAGAAUUUUUAUCAGCCAAGAUAUCGGCAAAAGUUCCAUUUGACACCAUUUUGGAUGAAAUUAGAGACUCUGUUUCACCAGAAGGAUUUCAGCGCCUGCACUUAUUGACCAACAAAGACUUGCACAACAUUAAAAAGUCUUUCGGCCUUUUUAAUGAUGUCGUUCGACAUGAAAAUGACGCUGUUAGUGUCGAAUAUUGGCUAGAACAUUCGAGGGAUGAAAAGAAUUGCACCAUAUAUUACAAACCACAAGGUACUCUUUGUGAUGACGAACCCCUGUUAAAACCUGAUGACUUUAUUUUAGUGAUUAUGAACAAUGUACAGAAAGAAAUGUUGAGGAAAUUCUCCGGGGACUGCAUUUGUGUUGAUAGUACCCAUGGCACAAAUCCAUAUGGAUUUCAACUAUCUACAGUUAUGGUAAUUGAUGAGAUGCGACAAGGAUUCCCACGUACUUUCCUUAUCAGCAGCAAGGUGGACACAACUGUUCUUUCUAUUUUUUAA